AGAAAAGGUUUAAUAUCAUUAAUUUUAUUUUCCAAUGUUUUCUUUGUAGAAAAAGAACCGAUACGGAGAGAACUAAAUCGGCCGCCACCAUAUAUAUACAUAUAUAUUUAUCGGUUAAUCUGGAUAUUGAUCAUAUAAAAGAUGCAAUAUAGCAAUACUACUGAAGUGGAGCGUGUUGGAAAAAUCAUCGAAUCCUUUCUGGACCAGCCACUCAUGACCAAUAUAAUGGACUCGGACCCACCAUUGUACAAGGCUUACAAGACCCUCUUCGACAAAACCAUCAACGAAUUAGCCUUUCAAAACAGUAAUAACAAUAAUAAUAAUAAUAAGAACCAGCUAUUGUCACCAUCAUCACCACCGUCAGCUGUCACCGUAGACGAGUGCGAGUUACCGUUGAUCGACUUGAGCAGACUCAGUCUCGGAGAGGCAGCAGAGAGAGAGGAAUGCAAGUCGCAGAUAGCUAGAGCUUCACGGGAAUGGGGCUUCUUUCAAGUAAUAAACCAUGGAAUCUCAAAAGGGCUGUUGGAGGAGGUGAGGUCGGAGCAAGAGAAAGUGUUUAAAGAACCCUUUGAGAAAAAAAGCCAAGAAGAUAAGUACCUCAAAUUCUCUGCUGGAAGCUACCGUUGGGGGACGCCUACGGCCACAUGCUUAGGCCAGUUGUCGUGGUCUGAGGCUUUUCACAUUCCUCUCCACAGUAUUUCGUCCCCCAAUGAUAAUGCUAAUCACCAUAAUAAUACUGAUCAUUUCAGAUCUACAGUUGAACAGUUCGCGAAAACAGUUUCGAAUUUGGCUCUGAAACUGGCAGAGAUCUUAGCCGAGAAAGUGGGCCACGAUCCAAGUUACUUCAAAGAAAAUUGUUUACCAAGCACUUGUUACCUUAGAAUGAAUCGUUACCCGCCAUGUCCGGUUCCAUCGGACGUCUUUGGUCUAAUGCCACACACAGAUAGCGACUUCCUCACUAUACUCCUUCAGUACAACGUUGGAGGGCUUCAAUUGGUUAAAGACGGUAAAUGGAUUGCUGUCAAACCUAAUCCGGACGCUCUCAUUAUUAACAUUGGAGACUUAUUUCAGGCAUGGAGCAAUGAUGUUUAUAAAAGUGUGGAACACCGAGUUGUGACAAAUGCGCAUGUAGAACGUUUCUCUACCGCGUAUUUCCUUUGUCCAUCGUACGACACCGUUUUAGACAGUGGUCUCGAGCCUUCGGUCUAUACAAAAUUCAGCUUUAGGGAAUAUCGAAGGCAGGUCCAAGACGAUGUUACUAAUUUGGGUUUUAAAAUAGGACUCCGUAGAUUUCUUAAUGCUACCUCAUAAUGUAUUAUAUAUACGACUUGCUGUUAUUAGAUAGCUAGUAUGCCUGCAGCUAUAUAAUAUAUUUAUACAAGCUUAUUCAUAAAUAUAUGAAUAUUAAUUAUACAUGUAUGGAAGUUAUUAGAAGACUAAUGUUGGAACAUUUAAUUCAAGUACUUCAAUAUUAAUAUUAGAUAUAUAGAGAGGAUACUCAUAGUACUACUUUUGCUCUCGGACAUUUUUAUAAUCUUUCAUUUUGGAUUUGAUGGUUUUGGUUUG